CAUCCCUCCGCGAGAGCCUCACAACGACUGAUUUCAGAAAACUGACUGGCAGCAAAUUCAGGAAAUGUUGCAGCCGGUUAUUUUAGUUGUGUCACUCUCGUUUUGAGAAGCAGUGCUCUUAAUGUUUUGUACGCCCGUUUGUUAGACAGAAGCCGAGAGAUAUUUCCGAGGCGCUUUCUUUUGAUUGCUGUUUUUUCGAGGCUCGCCUCCCCUCCGCUGUCGCCGCCUGCCUGGCCGUCUGCCUAGCCGUCGUCCACCGCUCUAGCCCGCAUCCUUUAUGCACAGCACGCUGCUCCGGUCCUCCCCGACAAAACACACCUUCGUGUCCGAGCAGCAUGGCCCGCUCCAGUCGCGCCCACUGAGAGACAUGGAAGCCAAGCAGCACCCGAUAAAGAGCCUGAAAAGCUAUCCGGAGACCGGGGGCCGGAGCCUGGCGGCGGCCGUCGGGGUGGACGGCGGCGGCGGCGGGUACCGAGCCGGCUCGGCUGAGAUGGAGAUGGAGGCGAAGAUUCAGAAAGCCAUCGACUUCAAAGCGGAGGGUCACCGCUGCUACAAGGAGAAGAAAUUUCGGGAAGCGAUAGGCAAGUACCACCGGGCUCUGCUCCAGCUAAAAGGGGUGCAUGUUGUCGACGGGACCACGGGCUCGGAGGUCAACCUCCUCAACCAAGCCGCGGCCAAGCUGACAGAGGAGCAGCGGAGAGCCGUGGAAAGCACGGAGAUCGAGUGCUACGACAGCCUGACAGCAUGUCUGUUGCAGUCAGAGCUGGUAAACUAUGAGAGAGUGAAGGAGUACUGUCUGAAGGUGCUUGGCCAUCAGAGAGACCACUUCAAGGCCAUGUACCGCGCUGGCAUCGCCUUCUACCACCUGGGUGACUACGAAUGUGCCCUGCGCUACCUGCGUGACGCCAAGAACCGCGAACCAACAGACACCAACGUGCUGCGGUACAUUCAGCUGACAGAGAUGAAGAUGAGUAAGAGUGGACAGCGGGAACGAGAAAGCAACAAAGAGACCCAGGGCUAACCCUCGACCUUUUCACCUUUCUGUCCCCUCAACCUUUGACCUAUGAACUGCCCUACGUCGACCCUCCCUCGGUCCACCUCCUCCCCUCCUUUAUUGACCCGUGACAGCACAGCCCAUGGAUGAGACAGACCCAAACGCCCGCCAGUGAUGGACAACAACGGGAGACAUAUCAAAGCUCUGUCUGUACCCCAAUCCCUUUCCCAUCUCCCUCUCUUUCCCCUUCCCCCCCCCCCUUCUCCCUCAGGUGCUGUGGUUCCCCUUCCUAGAAGCAGACAGUCAAGCCAAAAAAAAAAAAAAAAACCAUAAACAAAAAAAAAAACAAAAACAAAAAAGGAAAAUGCUGUAUUAUACUCAUAAAAAAACAGUCAUCGUGGUGGAAUGAAACAGGAGCUUAAAAACAUGAAAAACGGACCAUUGCGUAAUUUAGUAAAUGUUUUAAAAAACAAAAAAAAAAUGCAUUUUGUUUCUGUUCUCUCGCUCUUUCUCUCUCUCUCUGUCUUAUUUUGAACACUGAGGAGAAUUUCAGGGUUGGGAAGCUUGACGAUAUUGGGAGGAGGGUAGGGGUGUGCAGAGGCAGAUUGGGAGCAUAAGCAGGGGAUAGUGAGGGGUGUGUGUGACACAUAUCAAGACCAUAGCCCAAUUUGAUUGUACAUUUUACCCCUAUCCUGCCACAGCAGGGCUCACUCAAGCCCUUACCCAGACUAUGGAACAGACUAGCACGAUAAAUCUUUUCUUGUUUUGACAUCAUGUCGUCAUCAGAAAAAUGCCUGCCUCUACGCUCAUUCUAUUGCUCUUCUCUUUCAUUUCUGUUUUCUCCUGGAUGCCAUGUAUCUCAGUUUAUGGACUGUUUUUUCAAUUCAAGGGCUAAUUCAAGUGUUUGUAAUUUGUCCUUUGCUAAGUUUACCAGGGUUUUCAAUUUGCUUUUGGUGCUCACCAUACUUAGUAGUAAUCAGCUGUUAAUAGCAAAUGUGUGUGUGACCUUUUUCCUCUUAAGGAACAAAGCAAACAGACAAAAUUAUUCAACAGCCUUGCUGUUCUGCUGUUAUCAGGUGUGCUAUUGUGGAAACUGGUGUCUUGAAUCUGUUGUCCAAAACCCCUCCUGGGCUGUGUGUUGUUGUUGUUGUCAAGACCGUUGAAACCCCUCCCUCCCAGUACCCCCUCUGUUCUCCAGCUAAUGAUGUCGCAAUGGAAAAAAGCCAAUGGAAAUAGGGUUCCAUCCACCACCAUUGGCCACGCUGACUUCCACUCUGAUUUUUACAGCAAGCUGGAAACUAUAGCCAGAAAUGUACUGUCAGUUUUUUUUGCCGGAGGUCCAACCCUUUAUCACUAAUGCUGAACCUUCCCAAACAUUGAUAACAUACCACGGAGACUGUGGGCAGUGUUAGUGCAGGGAAAACAAUCACAUGCAUCUGUCCUGACAGUCUCUACCAUCAUCUUGGGCCAGUCAGCGUUAGUACACAUCAACAAGAGAGUGCCAUUUGAGAUUCCAGAUCCUCUCCGCUUUGAUUUUAGUGUAUUUUGAUAGAUAUGGUAACUGUGUUUGCUAAAUGUUUGGUUUGGACAUUUUUUUUCCAAACAUAGAAUUGCUGCCUGCAGGGACAGAUAAUACAGUGCAUUAUCAGUAGACAACACAGUUGAUGAUAGGGUUUGUCAGUAUCAAUGGCUACCUGUCAAAAGAGUACAGAUAGAGUAUAUAGGCACAGUUUGCUACUGCUUCUCUUGUGACUUGUGAAGACUAACCAUCAGUGAUGCCAAUAUUGCUUUUAUGAUAGCUUUACCACAGGCUCUCUACCUGCCCUCUUCUUAAGAAGGUUGCAUUGACAAUUUGUGAAAGCAUGACCUUAAUUCCCUGUUCUCCGAUGCCAUGAAACCCAGUUUCCUUCCUCCUAUGUGCAAGCCCAGCUCCUGCAUGUAACGUACGGCUCCAGAGAAAGUCAUUUCAGAUCUAUAGGAUAGGGAUAGUAUCUACUCUGUUGUUCUUUUGUCAUGGCAUGCCGCCACUAACCCGCUCCCUCAUUCCUCUACUUUAUCCAUUCUGCCCUUCAUAAACACAGACUGUGGUGACAGAGUGCGAUCACAGUAGCAGAAUAGGCAUCAAAUAAGACUCCUAUAUCUGGAAGAUGGUUCCUUGUGAAUUAGGGUUGCCUGCUGCCUUGGCCAAGGUGAGAGAUAAGAAGUAAAAUCCAGUUCCGCUGCUUAUGAAAUUCAAAGGGGUGUUAGAGAAAAUCAAAGAAAGAUGCAGUAAAUGAUUUCCCUCCCCAUUUUCCGGUGACCUGAUAGGAGGGAAAUAGGGACCUAAGUAUGUCAAUGUGACUCUGGAGAGACAGCGCCAUGUGUUGAAGAAACCAGCAUGAUACAGAGAGGCUCCAGUGCAGGGAGAAGUAGGCCAUCGUCAGCCCCAGUAAAACAGCUGCAGCUCCAUGUUACUCUUGCAACAACAAGAUGGGAUUACAUGGAAACCGAAAAGUUGUGGAAAGGUUGUCUUCAUAGGGCUAAAACAUCAGGUGUGGAGGCAUUCCUCACUCUUGAUGCUCCCUCCCUCCCUCCCUCUCUCUCUCUCUCUCUCUCUCUCUCUCUCUCUCUCUCCCUCUGUCUCUCUCUCUCUCUCUCUCUCUCUCUCUCCUCUUCAUGCCUCUAGUAUCCCAGAGGAGAUAAAUCAACAAACACUGAAUGAUGGCACCUGCAGGGUUGGUCUCCAUGGCUGCCUGGGCUGAGUCUACUCACCCACGGGCCCCUCGGGGAUAGGUUUCCUCCCAUGGUCCUCUCUCCAUGGCACCAGUCCGCCAUCUUGUUUUUGUCUCAAUGUGCUAAGUCAUUCUAGCUCAAUGUGUACGACUGUCUAGAGAUACUAGCUGCACAUAAAACAGGGCCCAGGUUCAGUUCUGGCUGCCACAGCUCUCCAUGUAAUCAAGUCUCUUGAUAUAUAAAAAAAAAAAAAAAAAAAGAAGAAGUAGAACUGACUCGGGGCCUGUUAUCCAGAGCCUAA